ACAUGAACGUCCUGGUGAGCCUCGUCCCCCUGGUCCUUAUCGUGUGGAGUGGACAGCAUGCAGUGGCACUGCCCGUAGAGGACAGACUGGCUCUGCAGACCAGUGGGGGCUUGGCCAAGGAGCGGAGAGACUUCCUGCUGAAGAUGCUGUCGGGACUGUCAGAGCUGAACCUGCUGGAGAAGGAGGCACAGGACUCGGACACGGAGUCUCUGCUGCAGGCUAAGCUGGGGGAGAGGUCCGUGUUCAGCCAGUCAGCGCCCAGGGAGCGGUCGCCCUGUAAAAACUUCUUCUGGAAGACCUUCUCCUCCUGCUAACGAAGCCGCGGCUAUCAUCUCCA